AUGUGGCAGUCAAUCUUUUUGCUCAUAGCUUCUGCCCAAGUUAUACACAUUUCAAAGGUGAAUCGAUACUUUUAUUGUUGUACACACAUUUUGGCAUCAUUAGGCAAUCCCGGAAGAGAUCCGGGAAGUUCCGGUUGAGGAGGAAAACGGUCCCAUUCAGUUUCUGAACCAAUUCAAGAUUCUUCCGAUCGUCAACUUUUACUCGAGUUGGUCACAGUUCGUGGUGAGGAAGAAAUGAGUGGGAAAAGAAAAAAACAAUGAAAUUUCCAGGAGUUCCAAACUCACUCUCCGAGUUCCUGAACGGCGCGUGGGAACGUCGACUGGAUUUCAAGGUUCUCCGACUUUCUGAGUCAACUUUACUUGUUUCUUUUCAGUUCGAAACUUCAUAUCCUUCCUUUUUUGUUCUCUGUCAAGAGAAAGGGACCGUUCAUCGGAGAGCAGGUGCCGUGCUUGAGAUUAUAGCCAAACACAUUCGGACGGGAUUCUGGGAGAAACACACUUGGAUCGCAUUCUUCUCCUCCGUAAGAUUUCAGGAAAAUAAAUGAAAUCGCGGUCUUUGUUCAGGCAAAAGGGAAUGGUUAUCGCGUGGAAUAUCUCAAGGACAUUGGCGUUUUCGCUUUGGAAGGACCGGACAAAGUGCACGACGACUUCGAGCCGGAGAUCGUCGCGGAUACAAUGUACGAUUGUCCAAAGUACGCGGAUGACAAACGAAAAUUCUCGACGAGUGAGUUUAGAGUUUAACGCACACUUUCAAAAAGCUCAAACGUUGUAGGUUCAAGGAAAGAGGCGAUUGCUCGAGAAGUCAUGGGACACAAAGAUGAAUUCUAA